CAGGCCGGGGGAAGCGAAGUGGUGGGGAAAGAAGAACCGAUAGAGAAGAAGAGGAUGACGACGACGGAGACGGCGACGGCGAGGGAGCCGCGCGAGGCGUCCCGGCGGGAGGGCCGCGACUCGCACGGGAGGCGCCCGCACUCCUCGUCCAGGUCGCGCCGGGACGACCCCAGCCCGAGGAGGCGGAGAGACGACAUGAGGCAUGAGUCCGACAGGAGCCAGCACAGGCGUCGGGCCGAGGAGGGCGCCGAUGAUGCGGGCGACCGUGAUGAGGGGAGGAACAGGCACCUGCAAGACGUUAAGGCGCGGAGCGAUGGUCCUGAUCCGGGCCGCGGGGAGGGGAAGCCGCCGCCGGGCGACGCGAAGGAGGACCCUCCGGCGAGGCACAAGAGGUCUCCGAGGGGAACCAAGCGGUUCUCCGAGACGAGGGAGGCAUGGCGGCCUAGAUCUUCGUUCUUUCAGCAUGAUGAGCGUGAACGUGCUAGGCAAGGUGGUCGACACUAUGGUCGCCAAGAUUAUGGAAGACAAAGGGAUCAAAAUGAGCAUCUCAAUGAUAGAGAUAGACACAAGUCUGAGGGACAUGGUUUCCAGGAAAAGGUUGGGCAGGCUCACCAACAGAGUGAUGUUGAUUCUACAUGGAAGCACGAUGGGUUUUUCAAGUUGCAGGAAGACGCUCCGGUUGCCAAAAGGAGGCCAGGGUUUAAGGAGAUGAGAAUGCCACUGGAGGGGCAAGAAUCAGCUCAUGCUGUUACAGAACCGAAUUCAAGAUCACGUAUACCUGAUCAACCUGGGUGGACCUCUGGAAUGGGAGAAGAAAGGAUAAACUACCAUUCACGGGAAUUCAUAAGGCCUGAUGAUCGAGAUACCAGGAGGGGAUAUUCUGAUUACCGGAGUGUUGGUCAGAGAAAUGGCUAUGAUCCAAGAGGGCGUUUUGCUGGCAGAGGGGGAAGGGGCAGAGACAGGUUUGACUACCAGUAUGGUGGAAGAAGCAACAUGCACGAGGAGGCCGGUGAUCAUCAGACAGAAAAAUGGAAGCAUGACCUUUAUGAUGAGACGAACAGUACCCCAGCUCCGAUGACUGAAGAAGAGCAGAUUGCAAAAGUCGAAGCACUGUUGGCGCUGUAGUUACCAUUUUUGUUGUUGCCUGGAGUUAUUUGCGAUGGGUAAAUGAUAGUUAUCUUUCCUCAUUGUUGUCUGGACUCUGGAGCUGUUUGGGAUGGCUCGAUGGUUAUGUACUUGGUCUAGUUGUUAUUGAAUCUAACUAUAUAUGGCGCUCUGCUGGAAUUUGGUGUCUUAUCUAUGAAUUUUCAUUUA